AAUAUAUCGCGUUAAUAAUCAACUAUUGUUCGUUUGACAUCUCUAAGGCGAAGCGGCAAAUGUUUUUGUUUUUGUCAAAUAUUCUAUUUUCUAGGUUGUCGUAGAUUUACAAAUUUUGUACGUAUUUAUUUAUUUAAAAUUAUCAAAAAAUAACAUAUCGUACAGAUAUAGAACAAAACUAGCUGAAUUGCCUUAUCGACGUUAUGAUUGCAUUAAAACGCCUGCCACGUUUUUGCCUGCUGCGGGCCCUUGGCAACCAACCAAAAUUUUCCACAUACUCAACUUCUCGAAUGUGCAAGGCCCAAAUCACUGCAGAGGAAGUUCGCAGUCUGGCUGAUGCACUCAAAAAUGGACUACGUGCCUUGGGCCAACCCACAAGCGCAACGCAUCCGCAUUUGAUAAAGCCACACGAAUUGGUACCCGGCGUGGAACAGUCUGAAUUUCAAACAAGACGCAUACGCCUUAUGGAAGGUAUACAAACGUAUGCGGAGGGUUUUGGGAACGAAUUUAACGGACGCGCCUCCAAAGCGCACAUGCUGGUCAUUGGGGCUGCUUGCAAAAAGUAUAUGAGCGGCAAGAUACCCUAUGUAUUUCGUCAAAACUCAGACUUUUACUAUCUAACCGGCUGCUUAGAACCAGACUCGGUGCUUUUGCUCACUAUUGAUGAGUCUGGGACUGUGCAAUCAAUAUUGUUUAUGCGCCCUAAGGAUCCGCAUGCUGAACUGUGGGAUGGCCCGCGCACUGGUCCCGACUAUGCCGUGCAAUUAUUUGGGGUGCAGGAGGCAUUGCCCAUCGAAAGCUUCCAUCAGACGUUGAAUGCACGUUUUCAUCAAUUGAAACCACAUUUGUGGUUUGAUCUAAACCAGUCGGAGCAGGCAAGUGUAACGGAUGCCCUCCUUCAAGUGUGCAACAGUGAACGCACCCACUUAUUGCCCGUUUGUACGUUCGUGGAAAAUAUGCGAUUGAUUAAAUCGCCUGCCGAAAUGGAGUUGAUGCGCAGAACCUGUUCAAUAGCCUCAAAUGCUUUUAAUGAGGUCAUGGCUGAGACGCGUCCCGGUCAAUCGGAGCAUCAGCUUUAUGCUGCCAUCGACUUUAAAUGCCGCAUGCGCAGCGCUAGCUACUUGGCUUACCCUCCAGUUGUGGCAGCUGGCCGAAAUGCUACGGUUAUACACUAUGUGAACAAUACACAAAUUCUUCAGCCACAGGAGUUGCUGCUAAUGGAUGCAGGCUGUGAGUAUGGCGGGUAUACAAGCGAUAUAACACGAACCUGGCCGGUCAGCGGACAAUUCACAGAGCCCCAGCGCACGCUUUACGACAUGAUGGAGCAGCUGCAAAAGGAGAUAAUCGAGUUAAUUAUGCAACCGGGCGGUGAGACUUUGGAUCAACUGUUCGAAUCAUCAUGUUAUAAGUUGGGCAAAUAUCUACAGGAAAUCGGUUUAGUUGCCAAGCACUUGACUGACCACAAGGAGCUAGCCACGCAGGGUUAUAAAUUCUGCCCGCAUCAUGUUUCCCAUUAUUUGGGCAUGGAUGUUCACGAUACACCCCAUGUGCCGCGCAAUACACGCAUCCAACAAGGCAUGGUAUUCACGGUCGAGCCGGGCAUCUAUAUUGAUGAGAAGCGCACAGAUGUGCCAUCAGAAUUUCGUGGCAUUGGCAUACGGAUCGAGGAUGAUGUCUUAAUUAAUGAAAAGGGGCAGGUGGAAGUAUUAACCGCUAGCUGUGUGAAGGAACGACGUGCACUGGAGGAUCUGUUUAAAUAGUAUGCUAAUCGAAACGGCCUAUACCAAAAUUCCUAGUCAUAAUUUAGUUGUACUAUGCACAUAUGUAUACAGCUUAUGAAUGCAUAUGUGUGUAUAUAUAU